AUAUCACCUUUCAAAGAAAAAAAACCUCUUAGACCACCUAAUUUUCACUUUAGACUACAACCUAAUAUUCAAUAUAGACUACAACCCAAUAUUUCAUAUAGACAACAACUUGAUACUCAAUAUAAGCAACCACUCAAUAUUCAAUAUAAACAAUCUAUAGAGAAAGAAAAGGUAGUUAAAGAGCCAGAAGCACCUGAUAUCACAGAGCCAGAGAUAAUCAAAAUCUCAAAACCAGAGAUAGUCAAGAUCCUAGAGCCAGAG